AAUUUUCUUGGCGGGACUUUAUUUAAAUAUGUGUAUAUGUAUACAAUUUUAAUUAAUUUUAAGUAAUAUGGAAUCAAAUAAGUCGUCUUUUGAUGAUAAAAGCAAUGAAGAUGAAAAUUUGGCAGAAGAUGCAUCAAGUGAUAAAAGAAAAAAAUUAGAAAAAGAAAUAGAAGUUUUAAAAGACAUGGUUAAACAAUUACAGAAAAAAUUAAAAACUGUAAGAUUAAAUAAUAUUAAAGAAGGCAUAAAAAGCCAAGGUAAAGUUGGCAAUACAAAUAAACAGGUUAUGUCAAUAAAUCUAAAUCAUGAAUUGUACAGAUAUAGUGGAUUGUAUUGUGCACAUACUACUGCAACUAAGCAAGUAAUUGGAUUUAGUUCAUUUUGGGAGCAACAGAAGAAAAAUUUAUAUGCGAUAGAAUUUGUUAAGCGGAGCAAAAAAAUACAGAUAGGCAAAUGGGUGAUGCCUAUGUCAGUUGAUAUAAAACAGUUAUUGUCAGAAGUAACACUUGACACGAAAGAGGAUAUAGUUCCUUUUACAAGAAAUUGUAAAAUGCAUGUCGAUUGUUAUAUGAUGAGAUUGCAACAAUAUCAACAAUUCAAGUCUUUCCUGGAUAAUUUGAAUAAUUGUAAUGUGCAAACAAAUUUGGGAUAUACUACAUUUAUAUUAGAAUUAUUACACGUAUACGAUAAGAUAAAUGAAAGUUAUGCUUGUAUAACAAUUUUUUUAUGGUAUAAUUCUAAAAAUAAUAGACCAAAUGACAUCAAAUUUGAAGUACAUGGAAAUAUACAAUACAACACUGAGACCGAGAAAGAACUAAAAAAAUCUUUAAAAGUAUUUUAUAUCAGUGAUUUGAUAACGGCAUUUGGUAAGAUUUUACAAGAAGACAAUGCACAUUUUACAUGGAGAAGGGAGAAGAAGGAUGAUACUAUAUCAGAAAUCGACGAAUCCAGUGAUCCGAAGGAGAAUGAAGAUAGCUUAAGUUUAGAAAAAUCUAAAAAUAAAAUAUUUAAGAUAAGACAGAAGAGAACGAUAUCACUAGCAAAAAGUGCCAAAAGGAUAAAAAAAGAUAAUGUCGAUAAGAAAUUAAAGCAACAGGAUAAAAAUAUAAAAAAUCCAGAACGACCAUUACAACAAGAGGUACACAAAGAAGCAAGUACGAGUAAACAUAUGAAAAAUGCAACUUCUCUUAAACCGUCAAAAAUUGUUAGGAAACAAUUAAAACGUCCAAAUAAUUUUACCAUUCAAUUACGUUCACAACGAAAAUUAGUAAAUACUUCUAAAAUGAUAAACAAUAAUGUAAAAAAAGUAGAAAGUAAUAUUACUAGUACUCCUAAACGCCUACGUGCAAAAAAACUCACUGCAGUUAAAGAGUUACCUCAAUUAGAUAUAAGUGACAUAGUUGAUGAGAAAAAUAAUGAUUAAAAAAAUAAAAAAUAU